GCGCUGCGCCGGUAAACGGACAGUGAGAUUAUUGACAUUGGUGGAAAAGCAAAAUAUCAAAUUUCUAAGAAUCAUUUAUACGUUACAAUAUCGAUUGAAAUAAUUCGACCGACAAUAUUGUGAUUCCAUUCAAAUAAUUAGACAAUAUGGCGGACGAAGCUGAGCAGGUUCCAGCUAUAAACGUAAAAGAGCCGUUAGAUUUGAUCCGACUCAGUCUGGACGAGAGGAUAUAUGUGAAAAUGCGCAACGAAAGGGAACUACGAGGUCGUUUGCACGCCUACGAUCAGCAUUUGAAUAUGGUAUUGGGAGAGGCAGAAGAAACGGUGACGACUGUAGAAAUUGAUGAAGAAACUUACGAGGAAGUAUACCGCACGACUAAACGAAAUAUUCCAAUGUUGUUUGUGCGUGGAGACGGAGUUAUUCUUGUUUCACCACCGAGUAUGAGGGCACAGAUUUAGCCACAAGUGUGUUUCUUCGUAUUGAAGUAUCUUUAAAAAAUCUCUGAUAUUUUUCAAAUAAAUUUUAAUCCCUA